GAUAGCUACAGCUCUCAGGGUAUUUCUCAGCCCCCAACCCCAGGCAACCUGCCAGUCCCUUCCCCAAUGUCCCCAAGCUCUGCUAGCAUCUCCUCAUUUCAUGGAGAUGAAAGUGAUAGCAUUAGCAGCCCAGGCUGGCCAAAGACUCCAUCAAGCCCUAAAUCAAGUUCCUCUACCACAACUGGAGAGAAGAUCACAAAAGUCUAUGAGCUAGGAAACGAGCCGGAGCGCAAGAUGUGGGUAGAUCGGUACCUCACGUUCAUGGAGGAGAGGGGCACGCCUGUGGCCAGUCUGCCGGCUGUGGGCAAGAAGCCUCUGGACCUGUUCAGGCUCUAUGUCUGCGUCAAAGAGAUUGGAGGUUUAGCACAGGUUAAUAAAAACAAGAAGUGGCGUGAGCUGGCAACCACCUUGAACGUUGGCACUUCGAGCAGCGCAGCCAGCUCCCUGAAAAAACAAUACAUUCAGUACCUGUUUGCCUUCGAGUGCAAGAUUGAGCGAGGGGAGGAGCCCCCUCCAGAAGUCUUCAGCACUGGAGAUACUAAGAAACAACCUAAGAUUCAGCCGCCAUCUCCUG